AUGCUUAAUACUGAUGUUGCCAGAGUCUUCGGCCUAAAGGGCUCCAUGAUAAAACUGAAGCGAGGAUCGUUUCUGUGGUACCUUUACCUGGACAAGCUGUAUUGCUUAUUAUCUGUGAGAAAUGUGAAGGCCUUGGUGGAGUAUUUUCACCUUCUUGACGUGCACCGCAAGAAAACCUUGAAUGAUGUGCUGUUUUACCACUUCCUUCAUCAUGUGACUGACUUGAAACGGAACCAGAUCACAAUUGUGUUCAACAUGCUGGACUGGAAUGCGGUGGGCGAGAUUGGUUUUGACCAGUUCUACAUGCUGGUGUGCAUACUGCUGGCACAAGAGAACCAUUUGGAAGAGCAAUUUCUCUUCCGCCAUUCCCGGCCUGUUUUUGAGUUGCUUGACCUGGAUGGGGAGCUGAAAAUUGGCCCAGACAACUUGCACAUGUACAACUUUCUCUUUAAUAUUAAAAAAGAGCAACUCAGAGACCUCUACUAUAACUUCGACAUCACAGGUGACCGCCUUCUUAAUUACAAGGAAUUUAAGCUGUUUACUAUCUUCUCCAUGGACAAAUAUCAGGAGAGUCAAAAAGCAGAGAAAGAGAAGAAGAAUGAGAAAGCUUUACUCCAAAAGAAAGUGGCACAAGUUAACGAGAGCCAGAGAGAGAGUCUUCUUGGAACAAAACAGUUUGAAAGUAUAAGUAAUUACAAUUGUUAA